UUUCCUGCGUCAUUUCUCCCACCAUCAAAUUUAAGUCACCAAAUAACAAAUCCGAGGAUAAAAGUUAAACAUCAAAUCGAAUCAUAUAUCACAUCAAAUAGAAGUCCAACAAUAAAGAAACAAGGAAGCAAAUACACCAGGAGCAAGAUGUCUUCCACUCCAUCUCCCUUUUCUCUUGAACAAAUCUCCCCUCCUCCAACUGAAAAGCUGUGCUACGUGCACUGCAACUUUUGUGAUACAGUCCUCGCAGUGAGCGUUCCUUACUCGAGCUUGUUCAAAACUGUGGCGGUAAGGUGCGGUCAUUGCAGCAACCUUCUUUCUGUUAGCAUGAGAGGACUUUUACUCCCAGCAACCAGCCAGCUUCAUCUCGGCCAUCCUUUCCAGUCCCCUGUUCAGCAUAAUCUUCUGGAGGAUGUACAGAGUUACCAGUCACAGAACUUGAUGGAUAAUCUGCCCUUCCUGAGCAAUAAUUUGAUGCCCCCGUUGGCCAAAGUAACUGAAGAAGAGCUUCCUCAGAAUUCAGUUACCAAUAGACGCAAGUUUUUAUCUAGUUCUCCAGAAAAGAGGCAGAGAGUUCCUUCUGCGUACAACCGCUUUAUCAAGGAUGAAAUUCAACGAAUCAAAGCUGGCAACCCAGACAUCACCCACAGAGAAGCAUUCAGCGCUGCUGCUAAGAAUUGGGCCCAUUUUCCCCACAUCCACCUCGGUCUCAUGCCGGAUCAAGCCAUAAAGAAGGCCACCGUGCACCCUCCGGAGGGAGAAGAUGUUCUUCUCAAGGACGGAUUUUUUGCAGCUGUAGCUGCAAACAUGGAAGUUGCUCCCUUCUAGGCUAUGACAACUGCCUAUUUGAGAGCCUUUGGCAUCUAUCAGUUUGCUGUUACAGUUUAUUAGGGUUUAUUAUCUCUACUAUAUAACACAAGAGAAGCUCUAGAAUGUGGUUCUAUGGUGGCUAGAGUUCCUGCUUUGCUGUAGUUUUUAUCUUCUAGUCCUUUGAGUUUCCUCUUAAUGUUUUAUUUAGUAAAUGAAGGACUUAUCUUCUGUAAAAAGAAUGUCUUGUCUAU